AAAGACAAAAGACCAAUAUUCAAAAAAUAGAAAUGUAAUUCGCAAAAAAUGUGAAAAAUGUCAAAUUUGGCUCAAGAUGUUUGAGGAUUGUGUUUUGUAAAUAAUUUAGUUAUUGUGGAAAUAAUGUAAAUAUUAACACGAGCAUGUACUAAAGUUGUGCUGAAGUUAUAUGCUUUUGUUUAAAUUAACUAUUACCAAAAGUGUUAAUGAGGUUUCUCGGUCAGUUUCGUCUCUAGGCCAAUAUGACAAAUCUCGAUGUGAGUAACAGUAGCACAGAUAGCAGCUCGGGUUCGACGUCGGAUUCCAGCAGUAGCGCGACCUCUUCCACCAGCUCUGGCUCUGCCUCCAGCAGCUCAGACUCUGAGUCCUCCAACUCCGACGCACCACCGAAGUCCCCCAAACCCGCGCCAGUGGAAGAAAAGAAAGCAUCAAAACCCAAAGUGAUAUCUUCAAGCGACGACGAACCACCCAAACCAGCCACGCCCAAACCAAUUCCCCCAAGGCGGCGUUCCACGAAACCUAAAAAUGCUGCAUCAGUGCUUGCAAAAGGCAAAUCAAUGGCUCCCAGAGUAACUACCGGUGCCAAAUCGAAAGCAAUAUCCAAAACUAUACCAAAAAGUUCCAAAACAGAUGCCUCAAAUACAUCAAAAAAGAAGAGUAUAUUUUCACCUGAUAAUAGUUCUGAAAGUGAGUCAGAAAGCAAAGAAAGUAAAGGUUCAAAAACAAGCCCAAAAGGCUCACCUCGUAAUAGCAAAAAGAGUACAAGAAAGUCCAGCGACGAAAAAGAUACGCUGUCACCCUCGCCGCCAACUCCCAUACAAAAUGAUGACUCCAACUCAAACUCCAAGGACAAUGUUAAGAGAAGAGCCAGUAGGUCAAAUGGACCACCUCCGAAAAAGGUGGUUGAAGACAAAAGUGCGUCCUCGUGUACAUCUAGUCAAUCUUCAAUCGAAUCUGUGUCGUCGGAGAGUGACAAUGAAUCCGUCAAGAAGGAAGGAUUGAAAACGGGGAAGACGAAACCUCCAUCAAAUUCUAGUAGUAAGCAAGAAACAACAGGCAAGAGUGGUGAAUCUGGUGAUUCACUAACAGGGUCGAUGCCGAGAAAACUGACUCGCUCCCGCUCCGCGCGAGUGUCCCGCAUGGCCACCGCGUCCAAAACACACACAGACACCGACUCCGAUACGGAGGAGAAGAAUAAUGAACAGAGCAAAGAUGACAAGCGCUUAGCGAAAGCGAGAGCGGCAAUCGCUAGAUCGCCGGCGUUACCGGUGACGCCCACCGCGCCCUCGGAGCGACGGUGUCCCGUUAGAGACUGUGACUCCACGGGGCAUCUUGGUGGCAAAGCCCCCCGCCACUUCACGUGGGACGCGUGUCCAGUGUACCACAACGUGACGGCGGCGUGGUGCGUGGCGGCGGCGGAGGAGCGCGCCGCGGCGGCCGCCACGCGCCGCAGAGCGCUCGCCGCCAUGCAGCAGAGGCCGCGCGCCAUGCCCACCAUAGAGCAACGCGCGUACCAGCUCAAAGUGAAGGAUAUGCGUUCAAAAUGGAAGGGCAGUCAGGAAUUACGGUCUAUGCCCACCAACGAAGACCUAGGGGAGGAAAGGGAGCCGCUCCUGGAAGGGUUCGCGCCGGACUACGACCUGCGGCUGUUCCGCGAUGCGCAGGCGCUAGCGGCCGUGAAGAUUGAAGAGGAGCUCGGGGACAUAUGCACUGAUAAAGGGACCAGAUACGUAGUGAUGGGCAAAUACAUGAUGGAAGUGUGGUACCAGUCGCCGUACCCGGGCGACGCGGCCCGCGUGCCGCGCCUCUUCGUGUGCGAGUUCUGCCUCAGCCACCACAAGUGCGCGGCGGGCAACGCGAGGCACAAGGCCAAGUGCGUGUGGCGACACCCGCCGGGAGAUGAGGUAUACAGAAAGGACAGUCUAAGCGUAUGGCAAGUGGACGGGCGCAAGCACAAGCAAUAUUGCCAGCAACUCUGCCUGCUAGCCAAGUUCUUUUUGGACCACAAGACGCUAUACUACGACGUGGAGCCUUUCCUGUUCUACGUCAUGACUUGUUCCGACAACGAGGGCUGCCAUAUCGUCGGCUACUUCAGCAAGGAAAAGAACUCGUUCCUGAACUACAACGUGUCCUGUAUUCUCACACUGCCGCCCUACCAGAGACAAGGUUACGGCAGGCUGCUCAUUGACUUCAGCUACCUGCUCACAAAAGUGGAGGGUAAAGUGGGUUCGCCGGAAACCCCGCUGUCCGACCUCGGGCUGAUAUCGUACCGGUCGUACUGGAAGGAGGCUCUGCUCAAGCGGCUGUGCUCUGCGCCGGGCCCGAUGCUGAGCAUCCGCAACCUGAGCACCGACCUGGCGAUCGCUUCGUCAGACAUCGUGUCCACUCUGCAGGAGCGGGGUCUUAUGAAGUACUGGAAGGGGAAGCAUAUUGUGCUCAAGAAACAGGAGGUGCUGGAGGACGCGACGCGACGCGCGGGGCGCGCGCGCUGCGUGGACCCCGCCAGCCUGCGCUGGUGGGGCGGCGGCGGCGCGCCCCGCUGACGCCGCGCCCCCCGCGCCCGCCGCCGCGCGCCCCUUGCGCCCCGCGUGCCCCUCGCGCCCCUCGCGCUCCGCGUGCCGCGCCCGCACAGCAGCGCGGCCAGGUCGCUCUUCUAGGCCUCUUCGACACAUGGGCGUACUGGUGUUGUGACUGACUGUAUAUCAAUAUCUUUGCGUGGUGUAACUUACACGUGGUACCAAGUGCACGGUGAGCGGGUGAUGUGCGCUCAACCGUAAGGCUCCUUCCGAAAUUCCGCAGGAACCUUUCCGAAGUUUUCCGAAAAUUCUCGAUCCGAAGUACUAUAUACAAGCAAUACAUAUAUAUACUAUAUAUAAACUUCUAAAAAUUAUUUUUUGAGUUGUGACCAACAAAUUUGGGAAUUCACAAGAACUGUUUCUAAAAUAGGAAUGCUACUUAGGUACUGACCUCUACCUAUUUUUAGAAACAAUAGUUUUUACUUGUCGAUAGCUAUAAAAUAUUUUUUGCAGUUAACUACUUUAUAGCUAAGUAGCGGCAGCGUUGAGAGUCCGAAUCCGAAUUUCUUUUUCUGAAGCCGUAAGACGAAAUUCGACUCUAGCUCAUACAACUAAGUGCUACGGCCACUUCGGAUCGAGAUUUCUCGAAUUCGGAUCGGAUGCAGUGCGUAAAGAAUCUAAUAGUAGGUCCUAAGAUCUUCCUCAGGGCUGGUGUCCCACUCUGUGUUGUAUCUACUCAUUCGGUAUCGUUAGCAUUAAUAGUAUUAGAUAGUAGCAUUUGCUUACUUUCUGUCUGUUCGUUCUGCAUUAGACGAUAGGUUUUGUCAGUCUUUGGUGUGACUGACGCAAAAUCUACCGUCAAUCAUAUACGUACAGUUGAGACAUAUAACAAUUUUAUGUGGUUAAAAUUAGUUUUAUUACAAAAUACAAACAAAAGACGGAGGAAACCAAAAGGACGCACGGCGCUUUGUUAUCAAAACGACGCACGCUACACAUUACCCGGCAUGAAAUAUUGCACAUCGAACUUUAGAAAGAGAUUUCGGCUUCGUAGAGCGUUGUCUCUGUCACUCAUACCUAUGUGACGUUUCGUCGGUUUCAACGACAGAGACAACGCUCUACGAAAUCGUUAUCUCUUUCUAAAGUUCGAUGUGCAAAAUUUCCUACCGGGUAUUGUAUUUGAUUCGACUCUACUCCGUAAGUGUGCAUUACUCCUAAGCGAAUCACAAUUAGUUCUACUUAAAAAUAACGCGACUGCCGUCUACCUAAAGGGUAAAAAAAAUUACAUUUGAAAGUGGCGCCAUGCAUUCGAAUCCUGCUGGUUCAACAAUUUUUGAUAUUUACUUAUUUAAAAUUAUUGAAUAUUGAAUUAUUGAUUAUUGAAUUAUUGAUUAUUGAAUAUUGACAUGACAUUUGACACAUAGAGUAUGUAGAGUAGGAUGAGAGUGAGAUCUCAAAAUGUAUCAUU